GAAAUAUUGUGUUAAUGUUACUUCGUCAGAAAGCAGACCUUAACUUUGCAAAUGAACAUGGAAAUACUCCUCUUCACUAUGCCUGUUUUUGGGGUUACAAUGAAAUAGCAGAAGAUCUAGUUCAUCAUGGAGCUUUAGUUUCAAUUGCUAACAAAGAUGGUGAUACACCCUUGGAUAAAGCAAAAGGAAACCUGGCCAAGGCUCUCCAUGAUAUUGCUGUUGAAGCAGGACAGGAUUUAAAAAAAAUAACAUUCAAAGAUCAGAGUUGGAUUGGAUUAAAAACACGUUCACGAGAUGCUACCCUGUCAAGGCACAAGGGAAUCAACAUUAAAGAUUUACAAUUACGAGAAAAAGUUGCAUCGACACCAAGUGGAGACACUUAUAGGGGAAUUUGGCAAAAGAACGAAAUCAUUGCGAAAAUAUUAGCAGUAAGAAACUGCACGUCACGAAUUUCUCGCGAUUUUAACGAAGAAUUUCCAAAAUUGAGAAUCUUUUCACAUCCUAACAUUCUGCCAGUGAUUGGGUGUUGUAACUCGCCUCCUAAUCUUGUUGUUAUCAACCAAUACAUGCACUGGGGCUCUCUUUAUACAGUUCUUCACGAAGGAAGCGGGGUUGUUGUGGACACAGCUCUAGCAUUACGUUUUGCUCUAGAUGUUGCACGUGGAAUGUCUUUUUUACACAGUUUGGAAAGGACAAUUCCAGAAUAUCAUCUUAACAGUCGUCAUGUUAUGAUAGAUGAAGAUCUGACAGCAAGAGUUAACAUGGCAGAUGCAAAAUUUUCGUUCCAAGAGAAAGGAAGGAUAUAUUAUCCUGCCUGGAUGUCCCCAGAGGCUUUACAAAAGAAAAUAUCAGAUAGGAAUUGGGAAUCUUCUGACAUGUGGAGUUUUGCUAUAUUAUUAUGGGAAUUGGCAACAAGAGAAGUGCCUUUUGCAGAUCAAUCGGCUAUGGAAGUGGGAAUGAAAAUUGCUCUUGAAGGUCUACGUGUUACCAUGAAACCAGGCAUUUCCGCUCACCUCCAGAAGCUGAUUAGGAUAUGUAUGAACGAAGAUCCUGGCAAAAGACCUACGUUUGAUAUGGUCAUACCAAUUCUCGAAAAGAUGAAACGUUAAUGUCAAUUUUGUGUUCAUAUUUUACAGCUUUAACUAUAGUAUUAUCACUGUGUAUAUUUUUGAUUUUCUAAUAUUAACAGAACGUGGUGCCUUCUACUUUGCCUUAUAAUGGACGAACUUUAGGAGACAUGCAUGACUAAUAAUUCAUUUUUAUAUGUACCACACAUAUUGUGCAUUUUUUUUACUAAGUUCAAUGUAAUAAAACGACUUUAAUACUUUACUACUGUAUUUAUAUAAAUUCGAAUAAAUUAAUCUUUCAUGACA